ACAAUUUGUCGGAAAGUCAGUGAUGUGGAGAUGAAUGAUAAGGAAAAUCAAGGCGCAAGGCAAGUUCUGGUUUUUAACUGGACUGCAGAGGAGUUGACACAGCUGGUUACAAACUUGUCUGCAUGUUUACCUCGUAAUGACAAUGUGAAAUAUACUACUCUGAUUGACAAACUGGAUUGGGAGAAAGUGAGAUUCGGACAAUACACAGCUGCUCAAUGUAAAGAUAAAUGGAUGCAAAUUGUAACCAAAUUGCGUCGAUUUCGCACUCUUACGGAUAUGGUGACAGAUGCAAAAGUGUGGCUUAAACAUCCAUGGUCAUCUUAUACUUCGUCUAAGAAACAGAAACACCCAGAGAUGCCCAAAAAGCCAUUAACACCAUAUUUUCGAUAUUUUCUGGAAAAAAGAGAAAAAUACAGCAAAGAUAAUCCUGAAAUGUCUAUGACAGAUCUUGCGAAACUUCUGUCAAAAAAAUUUCAGCAGCUGCCUGAUAAAAAGAAGCAAAAAUAUAAAGAAGCUUAUGAAAAAGAAAAUGAAAUAUAUAAGCUGGAACUGGAAAAAUUUAAGAAAUGCCACCCAGAGCAGUUUCCUUCCCCUGAAAUGAGGCAACAUGCUGCUGCCUCAGAAGGACCAGAUAAACCACAUACAGCAUUUAAUAUUUUUGUUAGUGAUCGAUUAAAGAAGCCAGAAUUUUGUCAGAUGGAUCGUCGUGAGGCAAUGGAAAAAUUAAGAAAAAUGUGGAGCAAUUUAUCUGAUAAUAAGAAAGUAAAGUGGAUAAGGAAAGCAGUUCAAGAUGAGCAGCGCUAUGGGAUGGAAGUGGAAAAGUAUCGCAGUGAACAUCCUGAUUUUCAUCCUGAACCAGUAAAAGCAGUUUUAAGCAAAGCAGAAAAAGAGUUGAAAGAUAGAUGCGAUGGCAAACCUGAACGACCACCAAACUCUGGUUACAGCUUAUUUUCACGCAUCAAAUUAAGAGAAUUAAAAGAUUUUCCUUCUAAAGCAAAAAUGGGAGAAAUUUCCAGAAUGUGGAAACAAUUAUCUGACACGGAGAGAGAAAGUUUAAAUAAACAAGCUCAGAUUGCUAUAGCUAAAUAUAAAGAAGAAUAUGCUGCAUAUUUAAGUAAUUUGCCUGAAAAAGAACGAGAAAAACUGGAAAGUGAAAUGAAGACCUCCAACAAGAAGAAAGCCAAUCAUAUUACUAUUGAAUCCAUCAAUAAUGAUAUCACUGAACUGGAAGCCAUUGAUGGUGCUCGACCAAAAAAGCCCUUAUCUGCCAUGUUUUAUUUUCAACAAGAGAAAUUUGCUGUUGCUCGGCAGAAGCAUCCAGAAUUAUCAAAGCAGGAAGUUAUGAAAAUGCUAGCAAAAGAAUAUAAUGAACUUUCAGACAAGAAAAAGGACAAAUAUAAAAAAAUUGCUGAAGAAGCUAAGAAAGCCUAUGAUGAAGGGUCUACGUCAAAAGGAAAACAUGAAACUGGUGGUAGAAAGCGGUUAUUCAAAGGAGAGCCUAGACGUCCUCCUCAGAGUGGCUAUGGGUUAUUUUCUUCAGAAAAAUUGAGUGAAUUGACCCAUGUUGACCCAAAGAACCGCAUGACUGAAAUUGCCAAAUUGUGGAAAGCUAUGUCAAAUCAAGAAAAAGACAAAUAUGCUAAAAGAGUUCAAGAAAUGAUGAGAAAGUAUAAUAAAGACAUGCAAAAGUUCUUAAAGGGAUUAACAGUUGCAGAGUUUCAGGAAUAUGACAAAUACAGGAAAGCCACAAUGAAGAAGAAAAGUAAAAAGGGAGAAGGCAUUCAGAAGAAUUUUAAAAAAGAAACAGAUACAGAGAGUUCAGAUGAAGAAUCUUCUGAUGAUGACGACGAUUCUGAAAAGUCUGAUGGAGAUGAUUCAGGUUCAGGAUCUGGUUCUGGAUCUGGAUCGAGUUCAGGAUCAGAUGAUUCUGGUAGUGAUUCAGGAAGUGAUGAUGAUGAUGAUGAUGACGACGACGAUGAUGAUGACGACGAUGACGACGAUGACGAUGACGAUGAAGAUGAGAAAAAGGAAGGAGAAGACAACGAUUCAAGCUCAAGUGACAGUGAUAGCGAUAGUGGUAGUAAUUCUGACAGCGGAAGUGGCAGUGAUGACAGUAGUGACUCUGGCUCCGAAAAUGAGGAAGAAAAAAGUGGUUGAUUAGAAAUUUAGCAAUCUGACUAAAUUUUAGAAGAUAAUAUGUUUCUUCACUGACCACAAGUGCCUCUUUUUUUUAAAUCUAAAGUGAAAUGUGAGUUAUAUAAACAGCAUUUUUUAUUAUAAUAUGCAAGUGUGCAUUGUGUGUGUGACCAAUGUUUUAAAAACUUUGCAUUAAAAAACUUGGUUCACAAUGGUUCUGAAUGAAGUACCACAAAGAAGCUUACAAAUUAGGCUGUGAAUAUAAUGCCAGAAUGUUUAGCUCACAUUUAACACUAAAAGUAGAUACUGACACUUUUUUAAAAAUGGAAAUGUACAUUCUGCAAAGAAAAUGAACAUUCAAGAUUUCUACAAGUCCUUGAAUAACGGACCAAGUAUAAUUUCAAGGGUUUCCAGUUUUAAAUGUUUGACUAUAAGCAUUUCUUUUCAUUUCAGUUGAGAAAAGAAAGAAAAUUAAAAAUUUGAUAUUUUUGUCAUUUUGUGUCUGAAAUCUUUUGUUGUUGAAUCUCCUCCCUCCUUCAAUAAUUUUAAAAUCCAUAAUUAUUAUUUUAUAAUAAUUAUAUCAUUUGUUACUAAAGUUGCAGAAGUGAAGUUAUAUGUUUACUAUGUCCCCUCUUUUUUAAAGUUACAGAUUAACAGCUUUGAAAUGUUUUGGCUUUGAAAUAUAAUGAAGAUGAAAAACACUAAAGGAAGUUUGCUGAGUUUUUUUAUGUGCCACAUAUAAUAAUGUUUCUUUUAGAAAAUAAUUUUACUUUUUAAUUCAUUUUGUAUAUAUGUAUAUUACAUGUGUAUCUUAAUUUGUUUUUGGCUCUUGCUUUUCUUUUUCCCCCUUCCUCUGUAUUAAUAGAAGUUUUAAAUUACAGAAUGAGUAUAUAUGCCUCAGUUAAUGUUUGCAACACAUUAUUUGUAAACUUUCAUUUAAUAUGAUUAUUUUUUAUUAAAUGAUGUUAUGAAGUGAAUUCAUAUGGUAAAUAGCAUGAAUAACUGCCAAUUUUUUAUCACUUUUCUGUUUCUUUCUGAGAUCGUAUUUAUUAAAAGUUAAAAAUUCUAAAACAUCCCAUUUGUAAAGUUAUUAACUUAUGCAUGCAUAGUGUAUGUAUAAACUUCAUAGUUCCUUUUACUUAUGGGAAUGUUGAAACUUAUUCUUGAAAUGAAAGUCCAGAUCUAGUCACAUAGUCGGAUUUCAAGAAAAUGUUUUGCAUGUCAGAUUAAGAAUUAAAACUGGAUAUCUGUAUUAUAUGAAAAGGAGUAUUGAUUCUGGUAUGUGCUAGGCAUUUUGAAAUAGCUAAAUAUUCUAGAAAAUUAAAAAUGUUUCCCCCCUUUCUUUGUUACUUUUUUCCCUCUCUCUUUCACCUUGAUAGUUACCACUUCUUAAUUUAAAAUAGGUGUGCUUUGUUAAAUUCCUUUAUCAUUCUCGAAUUAAAUAAAUAUUUUCACAUUUUAAAAUUAUGAUUUAAAUUAUUCUAGCAUGAAAAUUUAUUUUUUGAUAUUACAUCUAAUUUACAUUGCAUGUGAAUGAAUUUAUAGAUGAAUCUUAAGUAUAUAUAUCUUUUAAAACUGGCAUAACUUUAAUGCAGUGGCUGAAAAACAACAGAAGAAAAUACAUAUAAACAGGAUCAGUACUGCAGUAAUAAUUGUUUGAUAUCUGAUCUCAGAUUCUUUUUAUGUCACAUGAUGUUUUAACUUGCCAUUUUCCCAGGCAUGUGUGUAAUUUAUUGUAUCAACCUGAGUUAAAAUUUCAAGUUUUCUUAACCUAAAAUUGAUGACAAAAAUUUAUUUUCUUACCAAUAAAUGGAUUGGCUCUAGACAUUAUCUUUAUCUUAAAAUGUAUUUUAAGUUUGUAAUGUCUACUGAUUAGUAUACUUUUUUUUAGAGUAUUGCAAUUAAAGAGAUUUGCUCAUCAUUAGAUUAUUUUUUAAAAGAUUCUUAUGUCUACAGUAUAGAACUUUAUCUCUCCCCCCCCACCACAAUAAAUAAAAGUUUAUAGAUUUUCUUUAACACAGUCGUGUUUUACAAAAAAAAAAAAAAAAAAAGCAUGCUCAGUAAAUAUGUAUUUUUGAAUGUUUCAGUUUUAUUUGCUGUUUAUCAUCCGCAUUUAUUAUUAAAUUCCUUUGCAUUUGUGCUGAUUAAGUAAUAGGAAUAGCACUACAUUUUCCUUCUGAAAUAAAGAUUGGGAAAACAUGUUGAGUAUUAACUUAGAGGAAAAAAAAUAAAAAAAUUAAUACUCAGCAUGUAUUAAUUUAGAGGAAAAUAAAUGAAUCAUGCUCUAAAACUUACGAUUCAUAAUUCUAAUAAAAAUUUGCUUGAAUUUUUUUAAAGGAUUCAUUUAUUUAUUAUUUUAAUUGUUCUUUAAAUUAGAAAUUUAUUGGUUCAAAAAAUCUGAAAAUUUAAAUUUCUUAGGUAUUUGGAAGAAUUUCAUUAUUUUGUUUUAAAAAAAUAAGCAGCUAUUUUAAAUUCAUGGCAAGUGAAAAAUACCUAAGGAAUAAAUGAAAACUGUAAAUUAAAAAAUGAUUUUUGACCUCUAUGAUUACAUAUUUAUAAUAUUGGAGAGACUUUUUUGUAAUACAGUUAUUUUCCUGUAAAUUGUAAACCAGUAUGUACUGCAAAGAGGUGCUCUUGGAAAAAGAAAAAGAGGAAAAAAUAUGUGUGCAAUCACAUUUACUUGUCAGAAUGUGUAGCAAAUCAGAAAAAAAGCAUGUAAUUCUGCAUUUGUUAAUUUAAUUUUAGUUUUUAUUUUUUGAAAAUGUGUUUAAUGAUUCGAUAUUUAUUAUAAUUAAAAAACUGCAUUUGUAUAAAUGCUAUAUAUUCUAUGUGUGAUCAAGAUGUGGUCGUUAUAUCUAAUAUGCUUAUAAAAUAUCUGUACAUUUAAGAAUAAAAAUUUUCUUACAUAAAUUUCAUUAUAUGUGUACUUUUAUUUCAUUUUAUCAUUCUGUUUAUUUCUAUAACCAUUGUGUUUUUUAUUUAUAUAUUUAUAAGUAUUAAAAAUAAUUUACUUAUGGUAAUCAAUAAAUAUGAGAUGUUUUUCUCAGUGGCUACACAUUGUCUUGUAUAUAGAUUUAUGUUGAGAUGAAAAAUUAUUUUAAGCAAUUAAAACAUUCUAUACAUUCAAAAUUGCAUUCAAAAUACAUGCAGUGUUUGUAAUAUAAGGAAAUGAUUUUUUUGUAGAUGAAAUAUACAAUAUAUAGCAUUAGAAACAAAUUUUUUUAUUUAUAAUAAUGAUCGAAAUGUAUCAAAAUUUAUCAGUUCAAUGCAAUAUAAUAAAAACUGUAUACAAUAUUUUGUUACUACUUUUGCAAAAAAUAUUUUAAAUACGUUAUUAUGAACCAUAUUUUUAAAAAGCUCCCCCCCCCCACUGGUAAGCUACAUACUGAUAUAAUUCGAAAGAAGAAAAAUAUAAAAAUAGAAUUAUGAUUAAUUUGAUGAUGCUUUAAUAUGAUAAUUAUGAAUUUUAAAGCAUUUAGUUAUGCUGAUUAGCUAUGCACUGUUAUAAUUUGAAAGGGAAAAAUGAUGAUCAUAAUGCUGGGGGAAUGGCAACAGCUCUCAGAACAAGUAAUGAGGAAUGUAUCGUGGAUGAUUAAUACUCUGUUAGUAUAACAUGCUAUGAUUAAAAAACUGGGAAAACUAGACUACAGAUUAUAUCAUACUAACAUCAGUAAUAAAAAUGCAAAAUUUUGAUAUUUCUUGCUGAUUUAUUCAUGCACAAGAGGAUAUUUCUUAAAAGCAGAUUAGAGUUUUGUAGUUUUUUACUCUUGACAAAUGAUAUAUAUAAGUCUUUUAUGCUUACUACUUGAUAUAGUAUGAAAGUGAGCUUUAUACUAUCUAUCUUUUAUAGUAAAGUGAUUUUAUGCUAGUAUAUAUGCAAUGUAUAUUCAAUAGUAGAAUACCUUUAACGGCUGGCAUGCAUAUGUAAGUAUUUGAUGCACUUCCUAUGAUUUUUAAGUGCUUAUUGUAAAUUAUGUAUCUGAUAAAUAAAUAAAAUUAUAGAAAUAAU